AUGGAUUGCCCAACAAGUACUCCAUUCUCCAUUGGAAGAUUCAACAUAGAGCGUGUCUCCAUGUCUGACCGACGCAGAAGCUGGGCUGAUAACAGCACACUUGAAUCUAAUAGGCAUCUUUCUCAUGAGGUUCCUUUCCCUGAAAAUAGGAGGCCAGGUCAGCAAGCCCAUGUUUUUGUAAAUGAAAUGACGAAUGAUAUCAGAGAUGAACAUGUUUUAGACCAUGGACCAGACAGCUGCCACUAUCAAACAUAUUCUGCAGACACAAUAAAGGAGAUGGUCCUGACAAGCAAGUCUGAAAGUCUGGAGUCCCUAGAGUGUUCAUCCGGCAGUGAUGAACUCUCAUCUGGAUAUACCUCCACUACUGAUGGGCUGGUUUUGGAGGUACCAGAAGAACACAUACAAGAAGCUCUCUAUCACCUUAACCAAUCUAUUGAGGGCUUUAAUACAGGACUUCAGAUGAUUCCUUGCUCCACAGAUAAUCAGGAACCAGUAGUGGUGGGGAAUUGUGGCAAGACAGGGAAUUCUCUUGCAGCUGGAAUUUGCCUUAAUCCUGCAAAUUUGCCUGUGUGUAAUAAGAUAAUCAUUAAACGACAAAUGGCUUAUAACACCCUGGAUGCCACACCCAGACAGGAACACUACAUCAACUCAAUAGCACCCGGGAGAUUAAAACGCAGUCGUCCAUCUCUGGACGUUCUCCGUAAUGCUAUAACAGAUGAACAGCAAAUGGUCCCGGUCAACUUGAAUGAAGAUAUAGAAACUUAUGACAAAGAGAAGCUUGAAUUGCAGGAAGAAAAAGAUAAAAAGAAAAAGAAAUCAAAGGGGGGACCUGUUCGAUUUGGGUGGGUUAAAGGUGUCAUGAUACGGUGCAUGUUAAAUAUUUGGGGGGUCAUCUUGUACUUGAGGUUACCAUGGAUCACAGCACAAGCUGGAAUAGGUCUGACCUGGGUGAUCAUUCUCAUGUCUGUUCUGGUGACAUCCAUCACAGGCUUAUCCAUCUCCGCCAUUUCCACUAAUGGCAAAGUCAAGUCGGGUGGAACAUAUUUUCUGAUCUCUCGGAGUUUGGGCCCUGAAUUAGGAGGUUCUAUAGGACUAAUCUUUGCCUUUGCCAAUGCCGUCGCAGUCGCUAUGCACACUGUGGGCUUUGCCGAGACUGUUGGGGACCUCUUGAAAGAAUAUGAUGCUGUAAUGGUGGACCCAGUCAAUGAUAUCAGGAUCAUUGGUGUCGCAACUGUUGCAUUACUCCUCAUCAUCUCAUUAGCUGGAAUGGAGUGGGAAGCCAAGGCACAAGUAGCAUUCUUUAUGGUUAUCAUGGUGUCCUUUGCAAGCUACUUAGUGGGGACAGUCAUUCCUCCCAGUGAAGAGAAACAGUCCAAAGGGUUUUUCAGCUACCAAGGUUCCAUCUUCUUGGAAAACAUUGUUCCCAACUGGCGAGGUGAAGCUGGAACAUUCUUUGGCAUGUUUUCCAUCUUUUUCCCAUCUGCUACUGGUAUCCUAGCUGGUGCAAACAUCUCAGGAGACCUAAAGGAUCCAGCAGUGGCUAUUCCCAAGGGAACGUUGGUGGCCAUAUUUUGGACCACAAUAUCCUACCUUGUCAUUUCUGCCACUAUAGGCUCAUGUGUGCUGCGUGAUGCAUCCGGCAUUCUGAAUGACACCAUACCACUGAAUGAGACAGACUGUGAAGGACUCAGUUGCCAGUUUGGCUGGAAUUUUACUGCUUGCCAUGAAACAGAAUCAUGUUCUUAUGGGCUAGCAAACCACUACCAGUCCAUGAGCAUGGUGUCAGCAUUCAGCCCUCUCAUCACUGCUGGCAUCUUUGCAGCCACUCUCUCCUCAGCUUUGGCCUGCCUGGUGUCUGCUCCCAAAGUCUUCCAAUGCCUCUGCAAAGACAAGUUGUACCCCUUUAUUGGAUUCUUUGGGAAAGGGUUUGGGAAGAACAAUGAGCCUAUCCGUGGGUACAUUUUGGCUUUCAUUAUUGCUGUUGCAUUCAUCCUUAUUGCUGAGCUGAACACAAUAGCUCCAAUUAUCUCCAAUUUCUUCCUGUGUUCCUAUGCUCUCAUCAACUUCAGCUGCUUCCAUGCGUCCAUUACCAAUUCCCCAGGCUGGCGUCCAACUUUCCGUUACUACAACAAGUGGACCUCUCUUUUUGGUGCUGUAGUGUCAGUGGUCAUUAUGUUUCUCCUGACAUGGUGGGCAGCUAUCAUUGCAUUGGCUAUCAUCGUUAUACUGCUAGGUUAUGUCACCUACAAGAAGCCAGAUGUGAACUGGGGGUCCUCUGUGCAGGCUGGAGCUUACAGUAUGGCACUGACCUACAGUAUGGGCCUAAAUGAAGUGCAAGAACAUGUCAAGAACUUUAGACCACAGUGUCUCGUACUAACCGGACCCCCCAACUUUCGUCCUGCAUUGGUUGACUUUGUCAGUUCUGUAACUAAGAGCACAAGUUUGAUGAUCUGUGGGAAUGUUGUGACUGACUCUGACAAGGUGCCAGACUCAGAGGGACAUCUGCGGUGGCUGAACACCAGGAAAGUGAGAUCAUUCUAUACUGUGAUUCGUGAAAGCACCUUAAGAGCUGGAGCCAAAAGCCUAAUGCAGGUCUCUGGUCUGGGUCGUUUAAAGCCAAACACCAUGGUACUGGGUUAUAAAAGUAAUUGGCUAAAGGUUCCAGGGCAGUGCUUAGAGGAAUAUGUUGGGAUCAUUAAUGAUGUAUUCGACAGUCAGUUUGGUGUAUGCGUUAUACGCAUAAAGGGAGGCCUUGACGUGACACAGAAGAUGCAGGGAGAAUAUAACAUGGCAUUCCAGGACUCUGAUAAUGAGGGGAUAUCUGAUAAAGAGACAGAAAAAGAAUCUCCAUGCACAGUCCCAGAGAUAAUGAAUCAGACCAAUACUGAAUUCCAGAGCCGUCAGCACAAGAGAAGCAUCCAUAUUUACUGGCUAUACGAUGAUGGAGGCCUGACCUUGCUCAUCCCAUACUUGCUGACUCGCAGAAAGCGCUGGAGCCAAUGCAAAGUGCGGGUUUACAUCAGAGGAACACAGGAAAAUGCAGAGACGGAAAGGAGAGAAAUGCAGUCUCUCCUGGAGAAGUUCAGGCUAGGAUUCCAUGAUGUUGUCGUGCUGACCGAAAUGAACCAGAAGCCCCAACCCAAAAACAUACAGUUAUUUGAGGACCUUAUAGCUCCAUAUCUUGUCGAAGAGCAGAAUGAUCAUGAAUUUGAAAUCCCUCCCUGGAGUAUCAGCGAAAAUGAUCUACUAAACCACACAUCUAAGUCGGAACGAUAUGUGAGAAUGAAUGAGAUCCUUCAGGAGAAUUCACGGGAUGCUGCUCUUAUUGCAAUUAGCCUCCCCAUUGCAAGCAAAACGGACUGCCCCAGUUCCCUCUACAUGGCUUGGCUCGAAAGCCUAUCACGUGACAUAAUCCCACCAAUCAUCUUUAUCCGUGGUAAUCAGCAGGACUCACUCACAAUAUACUGCCAAUGAGCUAAAAGAGAAAAGGCACCAAGGUUAUUAAGAGUGUCCAGCUCAUUUAUUACUGGAAAUGAAUUUUUUUUUAAUUAGUAGCUUAAGUAUAACUAUUGUGUAUUAUUGAGAUGAGAAAGCAACUUCAGAACCAAAGCAAAAUAAGUGACAGUAAAUAUCCCCCCCCCCCCCCCCAUCUGCGAUUAAAGGAAUCACUUUUACAUUACUCAUAGUGCUUUUAUAAUGUAAAAAGAAACUGAUUAACCCUCCGUCAGGCGCACCUCUGGGACUCCCGGGUUCAGGCGCCUGUUAGAAAAUCGUCAUUAGCACCUAAUUAACUCAAUUCUAAUGCUCUUAAAGUGAUUAUUGACCUUCAUUAGGAUGUACAAAGAGAGAAAUCGCAGGUUUUACGGGCCAUUUCAGCAGAAAAUCUGAAUCAAAAAAGAGAAAACACGAACAUGAGUACAAGUUUGGGCGCAGUGUGCCUGAGGCCUUCCUGACAAACCUACAUAUUUCCACAAAAUAUCCACAGCCUUUGUAAUUUUCAUUCAUAAAAUGAGCAAAAUAAACAAUAGAUGAAAAUAAAAAUAAGAAUUUACUUACCGAUAAUUCUAUUUCUCGGAGUCCGUAGUGGAUGCU